AUGAACCCUUCCCACACCGUUCCCAUUUCCCAUCAUGAAGAGCUGGUGGCGCUGGUGGCCCACGCUGUAGCAGGGCCAGCAUGCGGGGCCAAUCCAUCGAUGCCACGCUUGCUUGAUGUCUCAGUUCCGGAGCAGAGAUGCUCCAGCUGCUAUCUGGGAAGGCUCUGGCCCCAAAAAUAUUUAGUUAGCAGCCAUUCAGUUAAGUGGAAUUGA